GUUUUUUUUUUUUUUGACAAAGAAGAUUUUGUUAUCCAUAUCACUAUCACAAGCAAUAAAUGGUUGCCACAUCCUCAACUCAUAUGCCAAAUUAACCAGAAAAUUAAAAUUUUCCCUAUCCAAAUAUCUUAGCCACAUAUCCCAAAAAAAAAAAAAAAAAAAAAAAACUUCUAAUCUUUGUUUCCAAUUGACAAAUUAUUUGAUCAACAAUAAUAAUGGAAGCAGUAGUAGCUCAAUCUCUGUCCUACACAAAAAUUUCCAAGCCUUUAAUAAGAAAUUGCUCUACUUCAACUUCAAUUUCUCCCACAUUUUUACAAUGUGAAACUUCUGCCUUUUCUUAUCAAUCUGUUCAAAAUCUGGGUUUAAAAAGGCUAAAUUUACAAUGUGUUAGAAUCAUCAAUUCAUUCCCAAAAAAGAAAUUUGGAGUUGUAUAUGCUUCUAAAGGUGACACUUCUCCUGCUAAUGUUGUUCAGGGCUGGGUUCUUGAACCUGUAGGAGAUGGUGAUUGGAAACAUAUAGGUUUUAAGGUACCAAUGCCAGGAGCAUAUGAAAUUUUCUCUAGUGAUGAGAUGGUGAUUGGGAGAGAGCCUCAGAAAGCAGAUUUGGUAAUUCCUGUUGCCACAGUUGCAGUUUCUGGGAUGCAUGCUCGAAUUCAGAACAAAGAAGGAAGUCUCUACAUCAGUGACUUAGACAGCACAAAUGGAACUUACAUCAAUGAAAAGCGAGUACAACCCGGUUUUACAGCAGUCGUACCUCCUGGAAGCUUGCUCACAUUCGGGGAUACUCAUCUUGCAAUUUUUCGAGUUAUGAAGGUUGAAAAAACUCUAGAGAAAGAAGUAGAUGAAUCUGAAGAGAAAACAGAAAUUGAAGGCAAAGAAGCAGCUGCUCAACCAGAAGCUACAAACUGAGUUCUUGGUUAUGUGAAUUUAAUUGUAUUGUUAAGUGACACAUUAUAACCAAAAAUUCCCAGCUAGUAUAGUCCACCUUUUAUUAGGGGAUUUUGCUAUAAAAAAAUUGUAAUGGGUGCUAAUGUGCUAUAAUAUUUUUUCAGGAAAAAAAUAAUAAUUAAUACCAAAUAGAUUGUCUUA